AUGGAUGCGGUGCUCCGGGAUCGUAUCGAGGCGUCUCUUCGGUCCAAGGACUCUGACUCGAUGAUCUUUGGCUUUCGGCAGAUGCUGAAAGGCAUCUGCGAUGGCGCGUUGCUACUCGACAGUAGCUUGCAGAUCAACGGCAGCGCCGUCUGCCUGCAGCGCCUGCUGUCCGUCCGCGAGGACUUAGCCGGACACUCCCUGGAGGAUUUCAUCGACGGCGAACCAGCAAAAGACCGGUUCAGGUGUCUGGAGAGCUGCGUGGAAGGGGGCAACAUGGAUACGGAGGAACGAGCUCCCCCGUGCUUGCGGGUGCCGUUCAGAGCACCAUCCGGGCGCGUGGUCUCGGCAGAUGUGUGCUACGUCCGUCUGCCCAAUCUCUACGGUGCAAAGUCCUUGCAUUACCUGCUGUCUUUGACCGAGGACGUCGACCCUCGGGCGAUCCCGGAGGUAGAGCAGCUUCAGACGGACCAGGCCCCACAAGAAAGACACUUUCAGCAUCCAGGUGGGCAGUGCGCACAAGCACGAGCAGAGCCAGCGUCGGUCGCAAGCAGCGAGAGCCACGUGCCCUACACCCCAAGGCUUCUGAAUUUAAGCUCGGAGUUGGUGGACGUCGAGGAGGCCCACCUCCGCUUCGAGCGCCACACCAACGAGGUCGGGUUUCGCAUGGGCAUGCCCACUCUGAAGCGCUUCGCUCGGCCCCUCGAGUGGCGUUACUUGGUUCUCCGAUCAAGCCUUUACACUUUUUCGGGUUGCUAA